CUCUGGGAGGUUUGUCCUCUUUGGAUGUCAUUGUGAAUUCUAGUUUAUUAGAGAAGUAAGAGGGAGUCAGUAUGCCUGGCUACACAGCGGAUGAAAAGCUCCGCUUCGAUCAGUUAACGCAGCUCCGGCGGCGGUGGCUGAAGGACCAGGAGCUCAGCGCUCGAGAGCCCGUCACUGCCGCCGCAACACCCGGCCGCGUGCAGCGAUUCUGGGCGGCGUUUCUGGAGCCAAAGACCCUCUGGAGACACGCGUUUAAAGCCUGUAAUGCAGGUGUGUUUGCUGUGGCGCGGAUUCUGAUCCCAGCCUGGAUCGUGCAUUACUAUGUGAAGUACCACGUCUCUAAAAUGCCGUAUGGAAUUGUUGCUCUUAAACCCAGACUGUUUCCUGGAGACACUAUAUUGGAAACAGGAGAAGUUGUCCCAGAUCUUCCGGAAGCAGACAGUUAUGGUCAUCACUGA